UGAUUCGAUCUGUGCUGCUGUCAAUGAUUUACUGCAGCAUUUCGGAGCCUGGUGGGCUCCGUGCUCCUUCCAGCAGUCCUGAAAACUUAAAAGCUUUGCUUUGCAGCUGAUCUAUAGCAAACAUUUACAUAUGGCAGAGCAAUGUGGUGGAGCCUGGCUCAGCUCUGUCCCUUGAUCCUGUCUGUGUGUGUGUCACUGGCUUUGACACCAACCCCGGCCACGGCGUGCAGGGAGCUGCAGGCACCGCCUUCCCACAGGAGAAGCUCAGUAGUGAUAAACAUCCCUGCUCCUGGAAACUGUGAUGUCUUCAAAGACCUCAAGUGGUCAGGAUGGACUGAUUGCUUCCCUUGCCAAGAGAAAAAACACCGCUACCGGCGGCUGGCGCAGCCAGCAGAGUUUGGAGGGCGACGCUGCGCUGGGCAGCUCUGGGAUGAGCAAGCCUGUCGAGCUGAGACAACGUGCACAGGGCCACCAGGGUGUGGGCAGGACUUCCAGUGCGAGGGAACAGGGCGCUGCAUUAAACGGCAUCUCGUGUGCAACCGAGACAGAGACUGCAGAGACGGCUCUGAUGAGGAUAACUGUGAGGAUGAAGAUAUUGAAAGCCCUUGUGAACAUCUGUUCCCAAUCCCAGGGGUGGAAAAAGCAGUCCAAGGAUACAACACCCUGACACAGGAAGGGAGACAGAACAUUUACGACCCCGGGUUUUUUGGGGGGCUCUGUGAGUACGUGUACAACGGGGAGUGGCGGGAGCUGCAGUACGACGCCGCCUGCGAGCGCCUGCACUACGGAGACGAUGAGAAGUAUUUCCGCAAGCCUUACAACUUCCACAUAUUCCAGUUCCUGACUCAUGCUGAUUCUGGAUUUGCUUUUGAGUUUUACGAGGACUCAAAGGACCUGCUUGACGCCCUUAAAAGUGAUAAAUACAAAACAACAGGCUUCACCAUUGGAAUUGGGCCUGGAGGUGGAGAUCUCAUGUUAAACCUGGGCCUCACUUUAUCAGGUGGCAAAGGAUCCCUGAAGAAUUUCACACAAUAUGAUGCAAAGGAUGUUGGGUUCAUUAGAGCAGUGACCAAGGUGCAGACAGCCCGCUUCAAGAUGAGAAGGGACAACAUUGUUUUGGAUGAAGAUGUGCUGCUCACCCUGCAGGACCUCCCAGACACCUACAACUAUGGCUUGUAUGCCAAAUUCAUCGACGACUAUGGCACCCACUUCAUGACAUCUGGCACCAUGGGGGGUGUCUUUGAGUACAUCCUUGUCAUCAAUAAGGAGGAAAUGCGCAGAAAAGCCAUCAGCACGGAGGAGAUAAGUGCCUGUGUUGGCCUGUCCCUUGGCAUUACAGCCAGCAAGGAGAAACUGGAUCUGGGUGCAACUCUGACAUACUCUGACUGCAAAAACAAAGGAUUACUGAAAACUGAUGCUGAGAGCCACAGUGCAGUUGUGGAAGAUAUUAUCCCCCGGAUUAGAGGGGGAGACACCAGUUACAGCGGAGGGCUCCUGAACAGUUGGGAUGGCAAAAUGUAUCGUCACUGGGCCAGGUCAUUAAAAUAUAAUCCUGCUAUUAUUGAUUUCCAGCUGCAGCCCAUCCACGAAAUCCUGCGCAGGAGCGACCUCGGCCACAUGGAGACCAAGAGGCAGCACCUGAAGCGGGCUCUGGAUGAGUUCCUGCUGGAAUUCAGCCCCUGCCGCUGCGGGCCGUGCCAGAACAACGGGGAGCCCGUCCUGGUGGGUGACACCUGCUCCUGCCACUGCCGCUCUGGCUACAGAGGCCCUGCCUGCGAGCAGACUGAGCGCCCAGGUGGUGAGACGGACGGGCGCUGGAGCUGCUGGUCAGGCUGGUCCCCGUGCCAGGCAGGGAUGCAGCGGCGCAGCCGGCAAUGCUCCAACCCUGCCCCACAGCACGGAGGGCAGCCCUGUGCUGGGAGAAACCUCCAGAGCAGAGCCUGCUGAAAGCCCAAGGUGCCUGGGACGGGGUGGUCUGGAACCUGGGCUGGGCUAUAAAUACUCCAGGACUGCGACAGAAUUACCCCUGGGAGAAAUAAUUGACCGGUGAUGCGUUUCAACAUGUGCAGGAGUCGUUGCGCAAAAGCUGAGCAACUGCUCCCACGGUUUUGCCCCACCAGAUGUGAUGGGAGCCCCACCAGAUGUGAUGGGAGCCCCACCAGUGCUCAACACCACUGCUGCAGCACAGAAGAUGGCAGAGAAUCCACCCAAAGGAGGUGGAGCUGCUGGGUGAUCAUGGGUGCCAUGAAAUAAAUCCACAGCGAGUGUUUACAUAACUGAGCUUGACUCUCAAGGAGUUUAUGUAUUUUCCUUUGGGAAACACGGGAAAAGCUCACGAUCUAUGCAGUUGGUAUUGACAUAUGUAUCACAAAACUUUUGUAAGUUGGCACUGUCAGAUUUGUAAGUCCAGCAUAUUGGCCAGGGCUGCAUUUGCAGCAAAGCCAUAUGCUGCUCUGCAUGGAGAAGGCUUCAGCCUGAAGAUGCUGAAGCAUCCUUGCAAAAUGCAAGCCCAAGCUGAUGAGGAAUUUUAAAUAAAUAAAUAAAGCCAUAAAUAGAGAGGCUCGAACGCAACCGUUGGGCAGAGGAUGUUCCCACACAGGCAAAGGCUUUUCCUCUGUAAGAUCAGUGAUGAAUUGACUAUUAGCACGCAGGCAUUUUAUCUCCCAGGCACACAGAGCCUGAGAAGAUGCUAACAGGCUGCUUGAUUUAAGGGGCUCUUUUGAAUGUGAGACGUAAAUCUCAGCACAAGAAUGCACACAGUAUUGAACUGUGUCCAGAGACCACGGCGACAGCCUGCAGCUCCCUCUUCUUAAUGAACUGCCACAAAAACCUGGGAUGGACGGAAGGCAAACGGCACUUCAUUUUACUGAGCUUUUCAUUGCGAGGGGAGAAGGGGGGCAGAAAAGCUCUGAGAAGGAAUCAGGCAUUAUGAACAGCACCAAAACCUCAAAGCACAAAGCAGCCCUUCUGAAGACAUUUGAAUGGAGAGGGGGAGUAGAAAGGAAUCAUGGUUUAGUGAAAGAAAUUGCUCAGGUGCUUGGAAAUGCUUGUUUUUCAACUGUGUGUCAGUGGGGAUUUACAGGCUGACACUCAGCUGAUGUAAAUCAGUGUUGUUCCUUCACUGUAGCUGAUUUAUGGCACCUGAAGAUCUGGACCCAUAUUUUCUUUUGUGGGCAUAUUUGCCAAAGGCCAGCUUUUUAACCACUUUUUUUUGCUUGUAAAAUGAAACUAUGGGCUGAAAACAACAAACCAAGUUGUCUCAAGCCCAGAGAUGGA